AUGGUAUGGUAUGGUUUAGCAGGGUAUGAGGACAUCUCCUGCCACUGGUGGCUGGGGCUGAGCUCCCUCUCGAUGUCCUGCAGGUCUGCAUUGGGCCGCAAAGCCGCCUUCUCCACGCUGUCCAUCCUGGUGGCCCUGCUGCCCCCCUCACGCCACUUCUUUCUUGGCAGGUGCCAAGCCAGUGAACAAGAUGAAGAUGGCCAUGGUGCCAAGCCAGUGAACAAGAUGAAGAUGGCCAUGGUGAGCAUGCCCAUGGCCAUGAAGGUCCUGCCUCUUGCCCCCUCUACAGGCAACACGCCCUCGCGCUCACGCUGCCCCUUUGCCUUUUCUCUUGAGGUCAUGGCCCCCACUAGCAACAGAACCGAGGACCAAGUGAAGCAUGUGCUGCUGCAAGCAGACCCCAGGAAGAAGUUCCCGGAGCUGAAGGACAACCUGUUGGACAACCUGAAGAACCUGAAGAACACCAUGACUGAUACAGACUGGAAGUCCUUUGAAUCCUGGAUGCAGAAGUGGCUGCUGUUUGAAAUGGCCAAGAACCCCAAGCAGGAGGAGCGGAAGACGAUCCCGGCAGAAAAAGUGCAAACUAAGUGCCAGGCAGAGGCCAGUUCUGGGGGUGUCCGGCCGGGUCACUUCCGCCCGCAGUGCGAUGAGAACGGCGACUACCUGCCCAAGCAGUGCAAUGCCGCCACGGGCUACUGCUGGUGCUCCUACAAAAAUGGCACCAGGAUUGAGGGCACUGCCACUCGGGAAAAGCUGGACUGCCCUGAUGCCACCGCCAUGGAGCCGGAGGACAUGAUCUUCUCCGGGGUGGACAUGCUCAAGCUGGGUGCAGAGAAAG